AAUGCACCCAAUCCAUAUCUUUUGGUUUUUUUGAAAAUGCCUCACAAUUUUUUGAAACUUUGCUCGUAAUUUUCUGAAACUUUGCUCACUAAUAUAGAUGAAAAUAGAGAAAAAUACACAACAACAAGAGAACACAUUUUUCACUGUUUGAACCAUAAUUCGUACAUAUCUCUACUAUAUUAGUAUAUACCUCUUCGAUCAUCUAUUACAUCUUAGCUUCUUAAUAAGGAGGUGAUAGAGAAGAAUUGCGAGAAUGAGGACCGCUUCGCUGAACUUGUAAAAUCAUAGGACUAUUACGCAAAUGUACUAUGGCAGCACGUCGUUGCAAACCCUAGCCAGCCACUCAAAUCGGCUCCAAUUCCACCCACGAGCGAGGAACGACGAAUCAUGGAUUGCGGAUCCGGAACCAUAGCGAUGGUGCUGGACCGGUCUGCGGAGUGGGAGCAAUCCAAGAAUUGUGGACGGGAAUCAUCCAUGGAGGAGGUGAUGAUGGAUCGGUUCGUGUUCCGCCGUGAAGGCGCCGACUCCUUCCCGGAGAACGAGACGACGGCGUGCUCCUCAAUCUCGCCGCGGCCCCGACCAUCUCUCACUUCUACCUCGAGUGGCCUGGUGGGCCCAAGCCGGAGACUGGCCCAACGUGCCACAUUGUGGCGGCACAUCGCGGCUACGUCCUCUUCAGGCUAACCUCUAUCGUCAAGAGCAAAACCUACCCCCAGGAUUUGCUCCACCCGGAUGGCUACUUCGCAAGGUUCUAAAUAGCCACCGCAAUAGCUUGUUAUACACUUUGGGAGAGGAGAAAACUAGGAUAUCCACUCUUAGCUCUAAAAGGCUAAAUCUGCUAAUAACCGGUUAUAUCCCGCUAUAACCGCUAAAUUAUGGGUUAUUUAACUAGCUAAAUCAUAUAAUGAGUAUUUAUUUAUUGUUAGCUUAGUAUUGAACUUCAUCAUUUACAAAACUUAGUAUUUCAUCAACAAUGAUGUAACGAGGGAAUGAAACCCAAGACGUACUUCAGUACAAGAAAUUUUCUUGAUUUCAUGUUUAUAUGCAAAAUUGCUCAUAGAUUUAUGCAAUGCAUAAUUGUGAGAAACUUCUAAAAGAUUAGAGAGUGUGCAUAAACCAUGGUUAUCAUGUUUUAUGGUGAAAUAUAAAAUACUCUAAAAAUUAGAUAUUUGUAUGGUAAGAUAAGCAUGAAGAAAAUUCUAGAGUUAGAUAUUUUGAAAAAAUUAUGUAGAAAAUGGACACAUGAAAAAAUCAUAUGAGCCGUGGAGUCCUAUAAAUAGGGGUGCUCUCUUCCCCUCUUCUAUACCAUGGCAUAAGAAAUCUCAAGUAGAGGAUGACAAGGUUGCUAUGUAGUAUAAUAGUAUCAUGAUAGGGUAGCGACAGUGGCGAAUCUAGAAUUUGGAUUUAGGAGGGUGGGGCUCAUCUUCCUCUUCUUCUUCCUUCCCCUCUCUUUUCUUCUUUUUCUUCCUCAUUUUCCUCUUUCUGCUCUUGAUUCAUGAGUUAAAAUUGUAGAGGGGGUUUUGGGGGGCUCCAUGAGUUGCAUAGGAGUUGGGGGACUGGAGCACCCCCUGGCUCCGCCGCUGGGUAACGACAUAAAGAGUGCAAGAGUCUUGUGUUGUAUUAUGUUAUGGUGAAUAAAAGAGUUGUUAGGAAUAGCACAUGGUAUAUAUAGAACCACUAAAUGAGUUAGCUACGCUAUAGCCCACUAUAGCCUUUCUUAGCCUCUACAAACAUCAACCGCUAAAUGCAUUAGCCCGCUAUUUUAAACAUUGCUACUUCAUCUAAACACCCGCCGCCGCCGCCACCGUCGACUGCCCGUUCUCGCUGGUUCUCACAUGAUUACCCACCUUGAUCAUGCCAAAGCCUUAUGCCACACCAAAGCCUUAUGCCGCACAGGCGCUGGAGAUGGUGCCAUCAACCAAGAGGAUGGCGUGGCUGGAGGCGCUGCUGCAGAAUGAGCACGAGGAGAAGAUGGCGCUGGGAGUGGACGUGGAGCAGGAGGUUGAGCGUUCGUCUUUGGUGGUUGAAAAUGUUGGGCUUAUGUGUUGCGCACACGACGAAGGCGAUGACUUCGUGGUGGUAGAGUUGCAGCUCAACAAGAGCAACAACAGGGCGUUGGCUGAGCCCUCCUUGUUCUGCAGCUUAGUGGGAGCUCAAGUGCCUACUAGUUGACUACCACGAGCGGCCAUGACUCCACGGGCAUGCGGUGCUUCUGGCCACAACCGUGGUGCCCUUUGGCAAUUGCCUUUGCUGAGUUGACGAGCAGAGCCCCAAGCUCUCCUACCUUCCAUUCCCUCGCGUGGCCCCGACUGGGCGCGAGGACAUGCACCGUGGCAUGUGCGCCGUUGACGGCGGGAGCACACUCAAGUUUAUUGAUGUUGUGGCCUGCAAGCGAAUACCCAGCGUCGACGGCGACACCUUCACCAUCUCCACCUACACGCUGACGACGAUGGAGGUCGGCCGCAUGGGGUGGGACAAGGAUGUCGUUGCCCCAAUGACGGCCGAGGAGGUAUGGCCACUCAAGGCGCCUACACCGGUCCCGCACAAGGUGCCCUUGUUCCUCCUCGCGAGCAUGGAUAGGCCCGAGAUCAUCCACUUCCAGCUGUCGGAGUGCACCGAUUACAUCGACACGGUGACGCUGGUCACCAUCGACAUGAUCGCUAGGACAGUGGUGUGGGUGCACCCGUACAUCAAGGGGGAGCAGGAGCUUUAUGACGAAGAUGCUGAUCUGGCUGUGGCGAGGUCCAGCCUUCAGCAACCUUUUCUUCCUGUUGAGUUCUCAAUCAAUUAGUCCCUGUAGAAUCUCACCAGGUAUGUGUAUAUUUAAUCAUGUUAGUAUUACUUUGUAAUUGCUUGUCUCACUACUUUAGUGAAUCACACUGCUUCUUUGGUUGGUAUGAUAAAUAAAACACCUUCUUGAGCUAGUUAAUUCAUGUACGUUUUCAGCACAUACGUGACCUCUAACCUGGCUGACCUAUACCCUUCCAGGACUAAGUUGAACUAAAAGUUUUAGGUACAACUGGUAUGAGCAAUAGGCAAGGAAGUGAAGGUCCUAUAUUGACAUAAUGUCUUUAUCUGCUACCACUGUGAAACAACAUCCACAGCUGGUUUAGUAAAACUGAAGCAAUACCAUUGUCAAGUGGGAGCUGUGUCCAUUCUUUUCUCUAGACAUAUCUGCUACAGUAAGGGAUUCAUUGAAUGGUACUGAUCAAGUUAAUCAUCAUUUGAAUGGUACUGAUCGAGUUAAUCAUCAUAAGCUUUUGUUGGAUCAAGUUUUUUUAGCCUUUUUCAAGAACAAAGUGUUAUCUAAUUCGUGUCCUGCCCGAACUUGUCCAAGGUUUAGGGCCACUGGCUUAAGUGAAACCUCAUGAUAGUAUUUUUUGUAAGUAUAUGCUGUACAAAUUGAUAGUUAAUGUCUCUAAGAUAGCGUAAAAUGAAGUAACAAAAAAGAAAAACAAUUUUAUCACUGUCUCGGGUGUUGGUGUUGGCACGCAUUUUUAACUGAUGAAGUCCGU